AAUGUUAAAAACUUUGGCUCUGUGGUGCAUAAGAAAACAACAACAAAAUUAUAAAAAUUAAUUCAAAAUUAAGAAUCGACUAUUAAUUAUUAUUACUUUUCAAUAGAAUUGGGAGGAACUAAAAAUAUGCCACUUGGACGUUGAAGAAGAUGCAGUCACAUCUCCAAGCUGCUUUGUUAGGUCAAACAUUUUUUAAUAAGUCUUCAACCGCUGAAGAUGAACAUAAUGCUUUUCAAGAGGAAGAACAUGAUGAGAAUGACGAAUUUGAUGAGGAUAUAGAUUGUGAUAAUGGACAUAAAUCUGGAGGGAUUAAAAAUGUUUGGGGCAGCAGCUCUAGGACCAUCACUUUGCAAAUGCUCCUAGAAGCAAAAAUUCUGCAACCAGGACAAGGGGCUAUGACAAUAGAAUAUUUAGGGCAAAAAUUUGUUGGUGAUUUAUUGCAAGACGGAAAGAUCAGAAGUCAAGAAACUGAUAUAGCUUUCGCAACACCAAGCGCUUGGGCUAUUGCUUGUAAGCGUUUCAUAAAUCCUGAUAAAAAGUCGGGUUGUGGCUGGGCUUCAGUAAAAUAUAAAGGAAAAAAAUUGGAUGCUUACAAGAACAUUUGGUACAGGAAGAAGAAAGAAGAACGCGAACAAGGAGUAAUAAUUCCAGAAAUCUCAGAAAACGAAUCCACUGAACUAAAGAUUAUGUCAAAUUUAGUGUUCAGAAUGGUCGUCAAACAUAACACCAUCGCCAAUCGAACAUUGACUCAUGAUGCAAAUACCCUGAUAGAAUGUGUUCCUUUUUCCAAUUUGGGCAAAAUACAGCCUUUUUUAGUAACAUUGUCUACAAAUGCAGCUUUAGUUAUAGAUUUUCAUAGCCAUCUUACAAAAAGUGAAGUAUCUGGUUAUUUAGCAGGGCAUUGGGAUUUCAACAGUCACAAUUUACAGGUGACCCAUGCAUUUCCAUGUCGGAAUACAAAAGCCGACAGAGAAAAUGCCCCUCAAGUUGAAGCAGAAAUAUCAAAAGCAAUUGAAAAAGAGAAAUUACUUCUUGUUGGUUGGUAUCACUCCCACCCUUUUACUGCAGCAGCCCCAACUUUAAGGGAUGUGGACGCUCAGUUGGACUAUCAAAUAAAAAUGAAAGGACAAUCUGAUAACAGCUACACUCCCUGCAUAGGGAUAAUAAUAUCUCCGUAUAACUAUGAAAACAGUUCAUUGGAAUCGAGUAUCAUUGCCUACUGGGUAAUUCCACCGCCAGAAGUCAAACCUAACGAAUAUGGACGGCCGAUGCUCAUGUCAUACAGUGUUAGUCAAGAUUCUCAAAUAACUGAUCAUGUAAAAGAGCAGCUAACGAAAUGUGCUGAGUAUUACAAAAAAGAAAAAGAUUUCAUCAACUUCAAUGAACAAUUCAUGGGUAAUUCACUUUUCAUAGAUAAAUUGAAAAGUACGUUGGUAUCGAAGUUCCCAAGGGAAGAUAAAGAAAAUAAUUCAUGGAAGUUCAUAAGGGAGUUGGUUGGGUGUAACGCUGAGGAAAAUGAAAGUUUGCUUUCUAUUCCCUCAGUGUCGAAACCACAGAUGUUACCAACGUUAAAUACCCCAGUUAGUCUGAAUUCUAUGAUGUUGCCUCAAGAUAUUUCCAGCUUGUUCUAUAAUUCGAUGAAUUCAGGGAAAUAUACCAGCACUUCGUCUAUGUUGGGACUACCGGAUCCAAUGGCCCACAGUACUCUGGCAGCAAAUAACAUGUUCCUUCAAUCCAAUCUGUUCAAAAUGCAAGAACUUUUGAAACCCUUAUCAAGUAGCAGUCCGGUUAAUAAGUCUAAGGAAUCGGGAAAAUCUCCGUCCCCCUUGAAGAUCCCCACCGACAUAAAACCUUGGAAAAACGAAUAUCAAGUACCGGAUAUUUUGAAUUUGAAGAGUAAUUUCUUGGCCCCAGACCUGAAUCUCCCCAAAGCUCCCCCAGAUUAUCCCUAUAAGAAUCACAAUGAUUUCAAUAUUCCCGAUUUGAGUGGGAUCAAGAACAGUAUGGCAGAUUUCAGUCUAGAUUUGUGUAAAAAUCAGAACGAGAAUGAAAAGAGUAAUGUUUCGAAAUCUGGCGGAUAUUCAAUGUUGGACUUGAGUCUAUCGAAAACGGUCGAUUCACAGCCGUCUAGUGAACACACUUUAGAUUUGAGUCAGCAAAGUUUGGAGAAGAAUGAUGAUAAUGGGCCAUUGAAUCUAACCCAGUGAAUUUUUUUUAUCUGGACUUCUCGCCAAUUUUUUUUAUUGAAUGUAUUAUUCAUUUUAUUUAUAUAAUUUUUUACUACUUUCGAUCUUGAAUAUAUCGUCCACUGAAUUUAA